GGAAGCCUCUUGGCUUCAACAUUGCGUCAAGAUGGCCGCCAUGAAGGGCAGCAUACGCCUCAUGUAUGCGACCUUGCCAGUGCGGUACGCACCGCUCACGGUGGUUGCCGUGGUCCUCUCCAUUUGCUCAGGCGCCAUACAGCCGCUGAUGACUCGGAUCAUUGGCGACGCUUUCGACGCCUUUGCCAAGUUCAAUCCGACUAGCAUGCCAAACGAUCAGAUCCCACAAGAGAGGAGGGAUGCGUUGAUGUCAUCUGUAGCCACCUCCAUCUGGAGGCUCUGCGCUCUUGGCGUCGGAACAAUGAUACUCAGCACAUCGAUGAUCUCUGCGUGGAUUGCCUUGGGGGAGCGGGUAGCGAGCGGGUUAAGGCUGAAGGUCUACACCGCCUGCGAUCAAAAGCGCCUUGAUUGGUACGACUGCGACAUGGGUACAAAGAGCACAGGUCAGGAGCAUUCCGAGGACGGCACGGGAAUCGGUGCGGGUGGUCUGAUGGCUCGAUUCGCACGCGAAAUCGACGAUGUUCGGGUCGCGUCCUCGCAGACUUUUGGACAACUUCUGCAGUACGUGGUGACGACCAUUGCCUGCGUCGUGCUCGCCCUGGCCAUGCGCUGGGACUUGACACUCGUCGUCUUGGCAUCUGUGCCCCUAACUGCCGUCAUCGCUAUCGCCUGCGAGGUGAUCGCAGCCAGCUCCCUCGCUGAAGAGCGCACUCUGUCUGCCAAGGCUAGUGGAAACGUAGAACGGGUAGUCAACGCGAUUGCGACAGUCAAAGCCUUCAAUGCGGAAGUCAGGGAGCUGCGCAAUUUUCAGCGCUUUCUUGCAAAGUUGCAAAGAGUCAACCUCAAGAUUACCACCGUAUGGGCUGUGCGCACCGGCGCAACUUCCGGCAUUGCCCUCGCCAUGUUCAGCUCUGGCUUCGCUUACGGCAGUCAUUUGGUGCAGAAGGGAGCAUGUUCGCCAGGCACAGUCAUGACUGUCUUUUGGAGUGCUUUGCUCGCAACCUCCCACCUUCAGCAGGUCAUUGACACUUUGAACAUCAUAGAGAAGGGCAAAGUCGCGAGCGCCAGUCUGCACGCGCUGUGCGCGGAAGAUGGGCCAGUGAAGAAACUCGGGCACCAACAGGCACCAUCUGUCUCAUCUUUGCAGACAUCGCCAAACUUUGUUAGCUCACCAGCAUACGACGAAUUCUCCUUCAUCGGCACCAAGCCGGCCGCAGGCCCACGUCACCCGCUCUCUCCGCGGCUGACUUCACCUCGAACAGCGGUACAGAUGAAAUUUCAAGAGAUCCCUCAGGCAAGCCGACCUUCUAGCCCCGUUCAGAGCAUGCAUUCAGAAUACGGCUCCGAGUCCAAGUUGACGAUGCUACCCGCCAGAAGUCGAGGGCGAGGCAAGCACCUCAGGCCCAGAAAAGUUGGACCCGUCGCGGCUAUGCGCCGAAUCCGUCCAGAAAGAUGCUACGGAGAAAUCACACUGACCAAUGUUGGGUUCGCCUAUCCCUCGCGUCCUGACGUUGCAGUGCUCAAGGGUGUUUCAAUGUACUUCGCUGCAGGCGAGACCACUUACGUCGUAGGAGCUUCUGGGAGCGGCAAGUCCACCAUCGCACAACUCUUGAUGCGGCAAUACGAAAUCGAAGAUGGUAGCAUUCAGCUGGACGACCAAGACAUCACCUAUCUUGACGCGGAUUGGGUGAGAAGCAAGAUGGCAAGUGUCGAUCAGACGCCUAUCGUCUUCGACCUGAGCGUGCAUGAAAAUGUUGCGCUGGGGCUCUGUGGCGUCCUGAGCGAGUCCAACGAACAAGUCAGUGGUGUGUCCAAUCACGUACCUGCGGUGCCGCGCGAGGACGUCAUCGCAGCAUGCCGGACCGCCCUGCUGCACGAGUUCAUCAUGUCGCUCCCUGACGGCUACGACACUCAACUAGGAGCCCGCGGAGCAAGUCUUUCCGGCGGCCAGAAACAGAGGCUCAGCAUCGCGCGAGCAAAGCUUCGUGAUCCGAGCAUUCUCAUGUUAGAUGAAGCGACCAGCGCACUAGACCCCAAAAGUCGGCUUUUGGUCAACGAGGCUGUCAAAGCGUGGAGACGUGGUCGCACGACAAUCAUCAUCACGCAUGAUCUCUCAAGCCUGGGCGAUGAGGACUUUGUGUAUCUGAUGCACGACGGCCAGAUAGCUGAACACGGGUUCUGUGGCGAUCUUCGCACUCGUGCGGGUCCCUUCUGCGAGCUCGCUGAAAAGCAGUCUCUCAUCAGUCCCACCGGCCUGGAUCAACGCGCCUCACUAGCUUUGGAGUCUCUCAAAGUUGGCCCUGACCAUUCAAGAGCGGCCAUGUGGGGUCAGAGGCUGAGUAUGCUGGUCUUGCCGCCAAAUGCAGUCGCGCGGGACACUCGACAGUGGUCUAGAACGGUGACAACGUCCACUGGCGCGGAGAGUGUCACACUCGGGCAAGACACCAACAAGCAUGAUGCCUUGCAUGGACUCCGGCCCCUGCAACUCGCACAGCAACAGCAGCACCGAACCUUCGAGGAAGACAUCGAGGUGGUAGAAUGCCUUCAAGCUGCUGGCGAAUACGUCAGCGCUCGCCGACCCCUUCGAAUGUCUGAUGCGUCGCAAGACGAGAGCAUGUUCCGGCGCAGACGCUGGGAUCCUGAGGAGCUCAGCAUCGCAGCAAGUGAGAAGAGCCACUUUUACAGCAAAGAUGAUGCGGUCACCGCGAAUGCGCGAGAUACCGCAGUGGAUCUCAGCGGGGCAUCAGAAGUGCCCGAGGUGGCCCCGGCCUCUAUACGCGAGGUGGUCAAGAGCGCGUGGCAUCACCAGCCCUACAAGGUUCUGCUUAUAUUUGGGCUGACGACGUGCGUUGCAGCGGGAGUCGUGCCCCCAAUCUUUUCAUUUGUCCUAGGAAAGCUUUUAGCCACCAUGGGAAAGGUCGACCAAGGCAGCGAAGUCAUCAAAUUCGCGCUCAUCGUGCUCGGUCUAGCGUUCGUGGACUUCCUCUUUCGCUUCCUAUCUUUCUUUACCAUGGAGUUCAGUGCCGACUUGUGGGUCCGCCAGCUACGAGAGCUCGGUUUCCGACAAAUGGUUGCUCAAGACAAGGCAUGGUUUGAUCAGCCUGUUGCCGCUGCCGGAGUCAUCGUCACGCAACUCGUCAAAGACGCAGACGAUGCGCAGGCUUUCAUCAGUCGCAUCGCGGGCCAUCUCGUGCUCAUCGCAGCCAUGGUGCUGCUUGCAUUCGUCUGGGCGCUCGCCGUGGGCUGGCAGCUCACUUUGGUGGGCGUUGCUCUAGCACCCGUCUUCAUAGUCGCCGUCGCGCUUCAGUCAAGAGUGGUCACGAAACACGAAGUGCGCAACAAGACCAAGAGAGAGGCCGUUGCCAAGCGAUUCUACGACAUGGUCGCAAACGUCAAAGGCAUAAGAUCUAUGGCCCUUGAGCCUGUAUUUCGUGCCAACUUUGUUGAUGCCGUCAAGGAGGCCGAGCAAUGCGCGCUCAGAGCCGCUCCAGUCUCUGGCUUUGGCUUUGGGCUGGCAGAAGCGCUGACCUACCUCUCGGAAGCUCUGAUGUACUUCGUCAGCGCGGUGCUAGUCUCGCGAGGCAUCUACGACCUGGAGAGGAUGAUGAUCGUCUUCAACUUGAUCAUCUUUGCAGUAACAUUCGCUGGUCAAAGCAUGGCAUGGCUGCCCGGCUUGUCCAAGUCUGUCCAAGCAGCAGGGGACCUCAAGCGACUGGUCGACCUGCCCGGUACGUCGAGCGAAACUUCUGGUCGAUCGAUGCCACAUGUACAGGGCACGCUUGUUUUCGACAAUGUGUUUUUUUCAUACCCACUGCGGCCAGAUGUCCCUGUGCUGCAAGGUAUUACGCUCAACAUUAGACAGGGCGAGCGAGUCGCUCUCGUAGGCGACAGCGGGUGCGGCAAGUCUACCGUUGCUGCCCUUCUUCAGAGGCUUUACGAGCCCAAAGGGGGCCGCGUCCUUCUGGAUGACCGACCCAUCAGCGACAUCGACACGCGGUAUCUCCGAGAACAUCUCGCGGUUGUGAGCCAGCACCCGAAUCUUUUCGACGCAACAGUGAGCGAGAAUAUCGCCUAUGGGGCUAGCGGUGGUACGCCGACGAGCGUCACUCAGUCAGGCCUCGAGAGAGCGGCUCGACGUGCGCAUGCCGACACUUUCAUCCGCGCGCUGCCAUCAGGCUACGAGACCGCCUUGGGUGAGAAUGCCGGGCGAGUGUCGGGUGGACAAGCGCAGAGGCUUGCUAUCGCUCGCGCGCUUGUGCGGCAGCGAGCUCGCGUCUUGAUCCUCGACGAAUGCACCAGCGCGCUCGACCCGGUCUCUCAGGAGGCAGUUGCGAAUGCUCUGCUUGGAGAAAGAGGAUCACCUCAGGAUGCCUGCAACACGCUGACGACGCUGGUAGUGACGCACAAAGUGCAGAUGAUGCAGCGCUGCGAUAGGAUCAUCGUGCUGGAGGGUGGACGAGUUGUAGAACAGGGUCCUUACGAAGAGCUGAUACGACGCCGAGGACCCUUUGCUACCCUCGCUAGCGGCGGCAAGUGGGAUGCCUGA